AUGGUGGAUUAUUUUUCUAUGAACAGAUAUACAUUUUUAAGAAAAGCUUAUGAAAAUUGUCGUCAUGUAACUGGAAAUCUUGAAAUUGCUUACGUUUUUAAAGAGGAUAUUGAAAAUGAUUGGUUGCUACAAAAACAAGAAAAUGAACAAAGAAAUGUUACAAAUAUUUUGUUGAAACCUCGAGAACCUUUUUAUUUUUUACAAAACUUGGAAGAGAUUUAUGGAUAUUUAUUCAUUUAUAAUGUUACCGUUGAAGAAAUUUCUUUACCAUCACUUCGAGUUAUUUGGGGAGAAAAAUUACUGGAGGGAAGUGCAAUAACUGUUGGAUCAUCAUUAACAUUGAGAUAUUUAAAUAUGCCUUCCUUAAGAUGUUUGUUUGGUUUUUUUUUAUUUUUAAAAAUAUUUUUAGCAAUUGUUUCUGGUAUUGUAAGAAUACACGAUUCACCACUUUUGUGUUAUAUGGAGCAAGAUUUGACAAAAGAUAACACUGAUAAUGAUAAAAAUGUUGAUUAUAAAGAAUUUCUUGGUGACAAUUUUAGAGAAAGAUUGGACUUGAACCCGUUUAGUGCUCAAUGUAGAGCAGCACCAACAUGUAGUAAACAAUGCAGAGAAAAGAAUUGUUUUGGGUAA